GCAACGUUUGUCUUUACAAGUGUUCGCCGCCUCGCGGUGAGACGAAAUCGGCGUCGGCGUCGGCGGCGACGAUGAUGAUGGCGAUGGCCCCCGAGACUCCCGGCGGCUCGUUCACGGCGGCCGCUUACGCACGACGGCCACGCACGACGACGACGACGGCUCGUUUCUCCACGCGUGUGACGUAACGCAGCGAACGUCGAGUACGUAUUUAAAGCAGACAAUGUGCUGCCAAUUAGCGAGGAGGAGCGGCAAGUUGACCUGCGGCGACCCGGGCGCCGCUGCGACGCUUCUCGGCCCGUUCACGGCAUGACGCCGCCAGACGUCUGUUCAUGAUGGACGAGGCCGCCAGCCGGCUGGAGCGAGAGCACGUGCACGGCGUCUACGACAAGAUCGCGCCCUACUUCAACGACAGCCGCUACAAGGCCUGGCCCAAGGUGCGCCAGUUCCUGCUCGACCAGCCGUCCGGCAGCAUCGUCGCCGACGUCGGCUGUGGCAACGGCAAGUACCUGCACAUCAACGAGAAAGCGUUCAAGCUGGGCUGCGAUGUCUGUCGCCCCCUGGUGGACUUUGCCGGCUGCCGAGGGCACGAGGUGCAGGUGUGCGACGGGCUCCGCUUGCCUUACCGGGACGGCUGCUUCGAUGCUGUGCUCUCCAUUGCAGUCAUCCACCAUUUGUCCACCAAAGAACGUCGUAUCCGAGCAAUAAAGGAGAUGGCCCGUACUCUGCGAACGGGGGGCCGCGUCAUGAUCUACGUGUGGGCCAUGGAGCAGAAGCGGCGCAAGUUCGAGAAGCAGGACAUCUUCGUUCCGUGGAACCCCAACCCUCAGUCGCCCGACGCCGAGCCCUUGCCGCCGCGACGCCGGGCGGCGGCCCAGAGCGCCGGCGACGCCACAGACGACGGCGAUAAGCACAGGAAGGUCCGAAGCACAUCGUCCGUGGCCGACGCCGCGCCGCCCGUGCCGAGCAAUCACAGACUCUGGUUCUUCUCCCGCUCCCUGGACUCGGUCUUCGACUUCGGGAGCUUGUCCAUCUCCCGCUCGUCGUCACGGGAGCUCAGCACUUUAUCGCCCACCGGCGGGGAGAGCGAGGGCUGGGGCGCGGCGGGGCUUCGCAGCCGAGGGCGGGGCCUCAUACAGCAGUUCUCCAGCUUCUUCUCCCCGCCGUCGACGGUCGGAUCCGAGGAGGACGUCUUCGGCUCUGGCACAGAUCUGCACAAGGAGCCCGAAGAUUCCAAAGAGGAGAGCGUCGGCGUGGCCCUGGCGCAGGAGUGCGGCGCCCUGGCGCUGCCCGACCUCGUCCCCUUCCAGAGGGAGCGCCCGAGGCGGGAGAGCGCGGCGGCGAGUCCCCCGGCCGACGGCCCCUGCCUGAGGUACUACCACGUGUUCAGGGAGGGCGAGCUGGCCGAGCUCAUCGGGAAUCACGUGGAGGAACUCCUCGUCCGGCACGCCUACUUCGACCACGCCAACUGGUGCGUGGUGGCCGAGAAGGUACAGCCGUGGAAAAUCUGACUUUAAUUUAUUCAUUUUUAUCGUCUGCCUAUGCGUUUUAGCGCUGAAUCUCAGUUUUUAACCUGACAAUUCCAGGAUAUCUCAGUUUUAACUGGAUGAUUCUUGCCGUUUAGUCUUACAACCACAAAAGUUACUCUGUGGCUGCAACACAUGACUGUUCCUUGAUUUAUUUGUAUUUUAUUUUAUUUUAUUCAAAUUCUGUGGGUCUUGGAACGACCCACUUUUUACAUGCGCGUCAACUGAUGAUUUCAGUACCCAGAUAACGGUUAAUCCAUCCUGUAGACCAAUUUAAAAAUUCAAAGCCAUCAGUCCGAAUUAAAAUUUUAAGAUUGUAUUAGUUUUAAGAUGGGUGAAAAAUCCUGCAGGGAUUUGCUAAUGGGUGUGGCAAAAGUCAAAACAUUAGGCACACUUGGAGAGCCAAAGCAAUAAUGCUCAUCAAGAACAAAAAAAAUACACACAUUAGAAAACCCCUGCAAUGUUUGACAAAAACCUAUUCGGACAAUUUUAUUGUCUGCCUCGGCGCUUUAGCACUGAAUCUCUGUGUUUACUUGACGAUUCCAGAAGCUUCGAGUCUUACGAACUCAAGUUACUCCGUGGCUGCAACACGCGACUGUUUCUUUUUAAAAUCUCUCUUCAGUGUUUGUCAGACCCAAUUUGCUGUUUACGUGUGAUCAUCCAACAAAGCGACCCGACUUUCAGAAGCGAGCCACCCUUGUGGGGAAAAAUGUUAACGUUUUUAAGUUUUGCUGCAUGCUUUGAAUGGGGGGGUAGGGGUGGGGUGGGGGGGGGUGUUGGUGCCAUCUGGUGGACAAAUUUAAAAGUGGAAAUGCAGCAGCCCAUAGUAAAUCAAUUUUUAAAAAUUUUAUUGGUUCAAGAUAAACAUUUGUCAGGGAUUUGCUAAUGAAGUGGCACAAAUCAAAACAUUCGGCACACUUGAAGAGUAAAAGCAUUAAACCUAAUAUUUAAAAAAUCAUCUAAAAAAUAUUAGACCAUAAAGUAUACGUUAGGAAAAAAUGCAAUUAUCCCACAAUAAUACAAAAAUAUAGUAAAAAUGUUAGAUGAAAAUACAAUGAAUAGGAAAAAUGGUUAAAAAGUAAAUUAAAACUGUUUGGGAUUUCAAACAUUAGGCACAUUGGAAGAACCAAAGCAAUAAUGCUGUAAAUAUUACAAAGAAUAAAAUUUGACUGAAAAAUGCACAAAUGUUGGGGAAGAAAAUACACAAACAUUUGGCAAAAAAUGCAAAAAUUAAAUGUUUUGAUUUAAUAAUUUUUUUUUUUUUUAUAAUUGUCUGCCUUUUGAGUUUUAACAGCUCAGUUUUUACUUUGUCGAUGUUUCCAGUCUUACAAAGACAGACGUCACUCCAUGGCUGCAAUGCACGACUGUUCCUUUAAAUCAAUAAAUAAUAGUUCUUCAAAUAGUCUUGUUUACAAAGUGUUCAUUCCAUGCGGGCACGACAGCCUGACCGGUCGUCGUGCAGACAUCCAAGUGCGAGCGUUUUUACUCUGCAAUAGAACUGAUUUGCCUCCCGAGUCUCUUUUGAAGUCUUAAUGUUUUUGUUUGUAAGCUUUUUAUUCUCGCAACGUCUUAGUGUUUUUUACGGUGUGCUUCACACAGUUGCAUGUUACGAGGAGAUUAACUUAAAUGUCUUGGUGUUGCCGUCUCUGUACCCGUUGAUUUAGAAGCAGAAUACGGCGUCGGGCCGCCUCUCAUACUGUGAAUAAACGUUGCACUCUAGCGCCAAGUAUGCCGCCGCCGCUUAUGCUAUACAUGGAAACUUGAAAUAUUGUGCCAAGGAGGUGUGUUUUGUGUUUGUUUGCGUGGACCAACUGGUGUAAAUUGUUUGUUCUUUAUUAAAUGUUUUUUUUCCUUCA